CUCAAGGCAAGUUGAAUUGAUAGCUGGAGAGGGUCUCCCUUGCGGAAGAGUGAGCGGUUUACUGAUUGGAUUAAACCCCAGAGGAUGUGGAACGGCAUCGGGAUGGCGGCUGGAAACGAUCCGCAAGCUGAGUAUAGUAUCUUACAGUGAUAUAAACUGGCAUGCAUCCUCACUCUAGUCUUAAGGCACGUUAUCUAUUGCUCUAAACUAUGCUCAAGCAAUCCGAGAUCUAGACAUCACACAGUAUUGAUAUCAUGUCUCCGAGAACUAUAUUGAAAUCAAACUAUCCUUGGACAAAGAGUCCCCUUCUGGCCUCGGCUCCAAUGCUGAACAUUGCCGGCCCCCAGCUGGCAGUAUCUGUCUCCUCCACCGGUGGGCUUGGAUUUCUUGCUGCAGGAUUCGAUGUUUCGAGCUUAGAUCAUAACCUGGAAGUUGCCGCCCGUCUGGUGAAGCAAUCAGGUGGUAUGGCACAGCAAGUAUACGAGGAAACAGGUGUGCUCCCCAUUGGGGUGGGCUUCAUCAACUGGGGUGCCGAUUUCAAAGUCUCUAUUGCCGCGAUCCAGAAGUACACGCCAUGCGCUGUGUGGCUAUUUGGUCCAAAGAACCAACCGGACGACCUCGUGCCCUGGGUGAAGGAGGUGCGUGGCGUGACCUCUGGCCGGACCAAGAUCUGGGUGCAAGUGGGUGCCGUGGAUGAGGCAAUUGCGGUUGCCGAAGGUCUUCGACCAGACGCUUUGGUCGUCCAAGGUUCUGAUGCGGGGGGUCAUGGUCUAGCCCAUUCGGCCUCAGUUUUGACUCUGAUACCUGAGGUCCAAGAUGCUUUACGGGAGCGAGACCUAACUCACAUAGCCACCAUAGCUGCAGGAGGAAUAGUUGACGGACGAGGACUGGCAGCGGCUUUGGCACUGGGGGCUGCCGGCGCUGCCAUGGGUACUCGCUUCCUGGCUUCUGCAGAAGCGAAUAUAGCUCAAGGAUAUCAGAAGGAGAUAUUAAGAGCAUCUGAUGGCGGUCUCAACACUAUCAGGUCGACUGUAUAUGAUCGAGUGAGGGGCAUCGGGGGUUGGCCUAAUCGAUACGACGGGCGCGGUAUUAUCAACCAGAGUUACGUCGAUGCUGUGGAGCGAGGAAUGAGUGAUGAGGAGAAUAAGAGUUUGUACGAAGAAGAGUUGAAGAAGGGCGAUGCCGGCUGGGGACCCAAGGGGAGGCUUACAACAUAUGCUGGCACUGGUGUUGGCCUGGUGCGUGAAAUCCUGCCUGCAUCCACAAUCGUGGAGAACACACUGUGUGAAGCAAGAGAUGUGAUUAGGGGAAUUCCAGUAGAUUGAAGCACUGCGGAGACCGAGUCUAGUGAAUCGCUAGCCAUAUUUUACUGACAGGAGGAACAAAGAUGGCGAUUGAAAUGCAAUCAAAUAUUUAGGAGCAGCGUUCCC